CAUUUUUCUUUUGAUGUUGUCUGAUAAGACUCUGCUCACAGAGAAAACCUUUAAACACAAAAUUAUUCUGUGAACACAUUCUCACAAAUGUUCACCUUCUAACAGAUGUUUUAACCAAACAUUUCUAUAUUUUUGUUGCAUUUAGUAUGGAGGCGAUACAAGAAUGGGUCAAAAAAUCAAAGGGAAUUGUGUCUAAUGUGGCUUGUAGCUUCUGCCUUGUGGUCUUGGAGAAGAUUCUGGAGAUGGAGGUUCGGUGUCCCUGCGAUCAUAUAUGGAAAACUUUCUUAACGUCUGCAUUCUUUAUCAUUCCUGCCUUUUUAUCAUUCUUGCUGAUGCUACAAGUUCAAGGACCUAGGAGUAACAUAGUAAAAUGGAAGGCUUACUUGUCAAGCCUCAUCCCUUCGUUGGUGUGGUUGAUCAUACUGUUCUUUGAUGGUAGAUACUUUGCUUGUGCCAUGGCAAAAUUAAAUGAAACAGGAGUCAUUCGUAAUGACGAUUCUUCUGUGAAAAUGUGUGAGGAUGCAGGGAAAGAUCAACAUCAGAAUUUCCUUUUUUGGGAAAUCUGUUCUCAGGGAAUUGGUAUGGGUCUGCUCUUGGUCACCUGUGUGGUGGUCAUAUUAUCCAUAUACUGCAACUGCAAUUGUGAGUUACAUAGAGAUGACCAAGAUUCAGAAAGAGGAGGAGGAGGAUCAGGAGGAGGAGGAGGAUCAGGAGGAGGAGGAUCAGGAGGAGGAGGACCAGGAGGAGGAGGAUCAGGAGGAGGAGGAGGAUCAGGAGGAGGAGGAUCAGGAGGAGGAGGAUCAGGAGGAGGAGGAGGAUCAGGAGGAGAAGGAUCAGGAGGAGGAGCAGGAGGAGAAGGAGGAGGAGGAGGAUCAGGAGGAGGAGGAUCAGGAGGAGGAGGAUCAGGAGGAGGAGGAGGAGGAUCAGGAGGAGGAGGAGGAGGAGAGGGAGGAGGAGCAGGAGGAGAGGGAGGAGGAGGAGGAUCAGGAGGAGGAGGAUCAGGAGGAGGAGGAGAAGCAGGAGGAGGAGGAUCAGGAGGAGGAGGAGCAGGAGGAGGAGGAGGAGCAGGAGGAGGAGGAUCAGGAGGAGAAGGAUCAGGAGGAGGAGGAUCAGGAGGAGGAGGAGGAGGAUCAGGAGGAGAAGGAUCAGGAGGAGAAGGAUCAGGAGGAGGAGGAUCAGGAGGAGGAGGAUCAGGAGGAGGAGGAUCAGGAAGAGGAGGAGGAUCAGGAGGAGGGGGAUCAGGAGGAGGAGGAGGAGCAGGAGGAGGAGGAUCAGGAGGAGAAGGAGGAGCCGCAGGAGGAGGAGGAGGAGCAGCAGAAGCAGUACCAGCAUCAGAAGCAGGAGGAGGAGCAGGAGGAGGAGGAGCAGGAGAAGAAGGAGCAGGAGGAAGAGGAGCAGCAGAAGCAGUACCAGCAUCAGAAGCAGGAGAAGAAGCAGGAGGAGGAGGAGCAGAAGAAGAAGGAGCAGGAGGAGCAGAAAAAGAAGAAAGAGAUGCUUUGCUUCCAGAAAGUUGACGUCACCCCAUUGAAGUUAUGAAUUAAAAAGGAUUCAGGUUAGGGUUAGUGUUUAGGGUAGGGUUGAAGAAGCUGUUGAGAAGGUACGCAGGCCCAGAAAUUGAUCAAUAUGAUCUGUAUAAAAUUACAUUUUUUUUUUUUCACACAAUCGAUAAGUAACCAAUUUAUGACUUUUCAUUUAUGAGUGUGGAGAUUAAGGAGCGUUUUCUCGGACACAGAUUAAGCCUAGCCCUUGGCUAAAAAUAAAGUUUAAUGGUGAGUCUCCAUUGAAAAAGCUUUUAGUCCAGGAUUAAGGUUAAUCUGUGUCCAUGAAACUGCCCCUAUGACUGAGUUUACAAAGGAAGACCAACUCUGAUCUUUUGCCAAUUAUUUGUCAUAUUUGAUACAGUACAUAAAGUAUCUGAUAUUUUUCCCAAUGUGUAAACAGCAACAACAACAAAAACACACUCUGUUGAGUUCUGAUUUGUAACACAUUUGUAUGUGAUUCCCAAUGAAUUCUGAUCCAUCAUGCAAAAGUCUAAAUGAAGAUUUUUUUCCACAUGACCUGCAGUUGCCAAUACAACCACCCCAAAAUGUAAUGAAACAGUAACAGAAAAUGGAUGAAAAAACCCAUCUUAAUUGGGUUCCUACGGCCCUGCUACAUUACAGCCAUCGGUCGUCCUACAUUAUCAUUAGCCACCAGCCAUUGAGGGAAUGCUUCCUUUGAAAUCAAUGAAAGCUACUGACAAGAGUAGUAGGUUAAGGCCCAGCUCUCUGUGACAUUUUAGAGACACAACUUGCAGAUGCCCACGCACACUCAUGAAGAAGAUUCACUUUCACACACAGAGCACAAAGAAGAAUGAACAUUGAGGGGGGAUUUGGCAUUGAUUAAAGAAAAAAACGAAAUUAAUUGGGAGUGACAUUUAUUAAAAUAACGAUUUAAGGUUAAAUAUGUGAAAUGUUAAAGGUUGGAAACAUGGGGAAAUAUACAGUGGAAGAUAUUAAAGGGUGAUUAGAGGAAUGCAGUAAAUGGUUAACAGUUUUAUAAUGUUGUUUAGCUUAGAGGAACAAGACCUUAGGGCCAAUAGGAGGGUAAUAAUGAAAUGUCAUGUUGUUUGCUUUAAGGUACGAUGCAUAUAGACUAUGUUUGUUAAGCUUAGAGGAACCUUAGACCAUGUUGAUAAUGAAAUGUUAUACUGAUGAAAUGUUGUAAUGAUGAAAUGUUUAAGUUGGUGGAUGUUAAAGAUGUAAUGGGGUGGGGUAAUAACGUUUGGUUGGAGUAAGAUUAGAAUUGAGUGGAGUGAGGAAGGUUCAUGAUUAAAAAUGACUGUUAAAGGUAAUUAAGUAUGUUAAGGAGUUAGUUGGAUUUGGAAAUCGCUAAAUCGGUUAGGUGAGACUGGUUUGGUGAGAAAAAGGUGAGAGUUAAGGGGGCUGAAAAAGCACCUUUUUGAACGAUGGCCUCAUUAGGUGUUUGUUCACCACUGAAUGCUUCAUUGGGGUAGCUGUUAGCCACAGUGAGUUAGCAGAAAGAAAAAUGGAGGGUAUAAAGGAGGCAUGAUUUUGGAGAACGCAGAACUCUCUUUGAGCUACAAGAACCUGUCGACUGCUGGAGGAAGAUUUUUUCUGUCGCGUUUUAGUUUAAAAUAUAUUUCGAUUUUUAUUAUACUCAUAUUUAGAUUUUCAUUAUACUCAGUUAAAGAAACAUUUAGGAGGAAUGCUGAAGGUUACCUCAUUGAUAGCAGUGUGUUAAAGUAGCUGUUCAGGUUUUUAGACGCCAUCUGAGGGACUGAUCAUCCUGAAGAGGGAGCCAAAAUAACUGUUUAUAAAGUUGUAGAAAGUAUGAAACCGUUUUUUAUUUUUAAUAAAUAUUGUGCUUCUCCUAAAAUGUUAAUAGUCAAAAAAUAUUGUAUUGGCAUCCCAAUAAGGGUUUAGUUAAGGGCGCUGCAGGGGUCUAUCAGUUUCAUUUGCUGUUGAUGUUUGCCUGUCAUUGAUUGGUGAUAUUGAUUUGUGAUUGAUUGAUUGAUCUGGAAUUUUUUAUGCCUGUUUCUGGAAUUUUGAAUAAACUUGUUUUAUUGUUCUAAAACCCUGUUUCAACAAAGACUCAUACAAGUGCAAGUCAUUUUACUCUAGGUUUCUGAAAUAGACUUGAUUAAUUGAGGAUUUUUCAGCAUCUGGUUAGUUAGUCUAUUGGGGACCAGAGUGGCUGGUAUAAAGAAACCUAACCUGAGAACCAGCUAUUGAUACUGAGUAUAUUGGUAGGAGUCAUAAGGAGGGGUGUCUCAGGGCUAAAGCCAACCCAGAGGAGGGCGACCCGCUCAUAGUGUGCUAAAGUUGAAACUCUGACCAGUAUGGUUCCACGGUCAGACCUGGGUUCAAAUACUAUUUGAAAUCUUGAAAAUACAUGUCGUGUUUGAUUUAGCCUGUCUGGAGUGCCAGGUGGGUGGGAUUUGCACUUUUGAAAUUAUUCUAUUGGUUCAAUUAAGCGAGGAAUGCUUUGCAGUGUUGUACUAAGAGAAUGGUGAAGUCCAACUUAUUCUCUUCUCUCUGCAAUUAGCAAUUACAAUGUACCCUCCGGUAUGGUAAUAUGUCAUUGCUCAGGAUGGAGCAAAGUGCUGUUUGAAAGCUUUGUUGUAGGUUUCUCUCCACUCUGCUGAUUAAGAGAAAACCAAGCAAGAAUGGGAAUGUUCAAUUAUUACAUAUGUAGGACAUGAGCGGGCCCCCCCACACACACAUUAAUAUUCGUUAAGUCAGAGCCUUAUUAACCACACCCUCAGCCCAACAUCUGACAUCAUCUGAAUGUGUUAAGGAAACGCUGAACAUGAAAGAGCUGUCAUUCACUUGUCUGUCAAACUAUCUGUCUGGUUAACACACCUCCUCUGAGCAGAAAUCAGUUCAAAUACUGUUCAAAAUAAUUUCACACUACUUUAGCUGGGCUUGAUUCAGCUUGCCCGGGCAAGGGAACCAAUAGAAUAGUCACAAAAGUGCAAACCAUGUCCUUCGAGACUGCAGGUAGCCUAGCGGUUACAGCGUUGGGCAAGUAACCGAAAGGUAGCUAGUUCAAAUCCUGUGAGCAGACUAGGUGAGUAAGGCACUUAACCCAAAUUGCUCACCUGGGGGGUCACUGUUGAUAAUGGCAGGGCCUGACCUUAACCCCACUCUCUGAGGGUGUCUCAGGAGGAGUUGUGAUAUGCAACAACAAAAAAUAGAACAGGCACCCACCAAAUUAUUAUCUGGCACUCCAGGCAGGUAAAGCAAAUGCUCAAAGUACUUGAAAGAUUUCAAAUAAUUUUUUAACAAACCUCUCCUGAGAGAUCAAUCAAUCAAAUGUAUUUAUUAAGCCCUUUUUACAUCAGCCGAUGUCACAA